AUGAAGAACAUGGCAGCAGGAAACCAUUGCACAGUGACUGAGUUCUUCUUGGCUGGGCUCUCAGAGAAACCAGAACUCCAGAUGUCCCUCUUCCUCCUCUUCUCUGGAAUCUAUGUGGUCACUGUAGCAGGGAAUGUGGGCAUGAUCACACUGAUUGUGUUCAGUUCCCACCUGCACAACCCCAUGUACUAUUUCCUCAGCAGUCUGUCCUUCAUUGACUUCGGUCAGUCCACUGUUGUCACCCCUAAAAUGUUGGUGGGCUUUUUGACAGAGAAGAACCUCAUCUCCUUCCCUGGAUGCAUGACUCAGCUCUAUUUCUUUAUCAUUUUUGGUAUUGCAGAGUGUUACACAUUAGCUGUAAUGGCAUAUGAUCGCUAUGUGGCUAUCUGUAAACCACUGCUUUACAGUGUAACCAUGUCCUAUCAGAUUUGCAGUUUUCUGAUUUCAGGAGUGUAUAUUUUUGGUGUGCUCAGUGCAUCAGUUCACAUAGGCUUUCUGAUAAGGAUUCAGUUCUGCAAAUUAGAUGAAAUCAACCACUAUUUCUGUGAUAUUCUUCCAAUCUUGAAACUUGCAUGUUCUAAUACCUAUAUAAAUGAAUUGUUGAUUCUUCUUUUUGGUAUACUGAAUGUCUUUCUCCCAAUCUUGACCAUUAUCACUUCCUACAUCUUCAUUAUUGACAGUAUCCUCAGCCUUCGAUCAACUGAGGGGAGGUCUAAAGCCUUCAGCACCUGCAGUUCCCAUAUCUCUGCUGUUGCUAUAUAUUUUGGUUCUGUUGCAUUCAUGUACUUACAGCCAUCAUCAGUGAAUUCUAUGGACCAAGGGAAAGUGUCAUCCGUGUUUUAUACUACUGUUGUGCCCAUGCUGAACCCAUUGAUCUACAGCCUGAGAAAUAAGGAUGUCAGUGUUGCCUUGAAGAAAAUACUUCAUAAGUCCAGGGUACACCUUCAGAGUGUUAGAAGCAGAACUGCUCAGAUGACUGUGAAAGGUAAUUCAGAUCUCUACAUGCUACCUGAAAGGAUUUAUGCUUAUGAAUAUGCUAUAUUCACAAAUACUUUGAUUUUUGUUAUUCUUUUAUAG